GGUUGGGCGGGGCGUUGGGCGGUGUGAGGGCUCCGGCGGAGACAGGCGGGACGGGACGCACGCUGCCGGCCGUGGCCCUCGUCAGGGCUACGGUGGUCGCGGCUCAGCCGAGCGGCCAUGGCCCUUGUCACCCUGGGUGGCGCCGCCGCCCCUGCGCGCGGCGUCGUUACAGCGCCAGCCUUCCGCAGCUCCGGCUGUCCCGCCUUCGAUCCGGGGGGGCCCCGCGGGCAGCGCUGCGCGUGGGACUCCGUCGGCCUUGGGAGCGCUGCGGGGCUCAGACACGAGACAGCUCGCAAGGCCCUGGGUUUCGAAUAUAGCCGUAGUGGAAAUCCUACUCGGAAUUGCCUGGAAAAGGCUGUAGCAGCACUGGAUGGAGCCAAGUACUGUUUAGCUUAUGCUUCAGGCUUAGCGGCUACUAUGAAUAUUGCACAUUUGUUAAAGGUGGGAGACACUGUUAUCUGUAUGGAUGAUGUUUAUGGAGGUACAAACAGAUAUUUCAAGAAAGUAGCCUCCAAAAUGGGUUUAAAGAUUACUUUUGUUGACUGUAGCAAAUUGGAAUGCCUGGAGGCUGCAAUCACACCAGAUACAAAGCUUGUUUGGCUUGAAACUCCCACAAAUCCCACCCUGAAGAUCAUUGAUAUUCAAGGCUGUGCAGAUGUCAUCCAUAAACAUAAAGACAUUAUUUUAGUAGUAGACAACACCUUUAUGUCAGCAUAUUUCCAGCGUCCUUUGUCUCUUGGGGCAGAUAUUUGUAUGUAUUCAGCAACCAAAUACAUGAAUGGGCACAGUGAUGUUGUAAUGGGAUUGGUUUCAGUAAAUUGUGAUGGUCUCUAUGAAAGGCUCAAAUUCUUACAAAAUGCCCUUGGAGCAGUUCCAUCUCCUUUUGACUGUUACCUUUGCAAUCGGGGUUUAAAGACACUGCAGAUCCGGAUGAAGCAGCAUUUUCACAAUGCACUGGCUGUUGCUCAGUACCUUGAAUCAAAUCCCCGGGUAGAGAGAGUCAUUUAUCCUGGACUGCCCUCGCAUCCUCAGCAUAAGCUAAUGAAGCGUCAGUCCACUGGCUGUCCUGGGAUGGUCACCUUUUACAUUAAAGGAAGCCUUGAACAUGCCGAAAUCUUUCUCAAGAAUUUAAAGCUUUUCGCGCUGGCUGAGAGUCUGGGAGGAUAUGAAAGCCUAGCAGAACAUCCGGCCAUUAUGACUCACGCUUCAGUUCCUGAAGAGGAGAGAGAGGUUCUUGGGAUCAAUGAUACUUUGAUUCGCCUGUCAAUUGGUUUGGAGGAUGCACAAGAUAUACUGGAAGAUGUGGAGCAAGCUUUGAAAGUAGCAUUGAAGUCAUGGUGUCUUGGGAGUCUGGGCUUCUCAGGCAGUGACUGCAAUCUCUCUGGGGCAUCCAAGUACCUGGGCCCCUGCAUCUCCUGUGAUCUGGAAUCCUGGCUGCUCCUCAGUGGGAGCUGGUGAGGUCCCAGAGCAUAUGGUUCGCAACUAGGAAUCCAAGACCUGAAAUUGGAAGCUGCUCACUACACAGCUAAGACACCCAAAGAAGAUUAAAUGAAAAGCCAAACCACUGAUAAGUUUCUUCAGAUUUGCCUUUAAAAGUGAAGGGUUUAAAGGAGGAAAAAAAAACAAAACAAAAAAGCCACACACACACCCCCCACACACUCUAAACUUGUAUUCAGUCAAACUUUAGAUACCGAAGUAGUUUUUUUAGCUUCACUCUCCAGUGACUUAACAUGGGUUAAACUUGUGCACAAAACUUAUGCUUUCAGAGGUGUCAUCCUCUUGUUCUUCCUGCUCUUAUGACUUGAAACAUCACUCUUUCUGAGCAAAGCUUGUUGAUCUGAGAGCAGCUGUGAUGUACGUGCAAGAGUAUUACAUCCAGAUCUCAAAUAUUAAAAAUGGGGUGUUAUGCUGUACAGUGAUGAGUGCAUGCUGCAAUUAUGUGGGUACAGCCUGUUUUCAUCAUCCAGACUGUAGGAUUUUUUUUUUUAAAAUCACAUUAUGUCUAACUGAAGGUAGAUUUUGAAUGGUGUAGGAACAAACAGACUUUUUGAAUGAGAACAUCAAAUCUGGUUUUAUAUUGUGCAACGCUGAAAAUUUAAGUCAUACCUGAUAACUAAUUUUCUGAAGAUGAUUUGACAGGCAAGAUAAGCAGGAUUUAGUGUGAAAUUUUUAAUGGACUGUGUUAUACUUGACAAUGAUUUCAGUCUCAUCUCCUGUCUUACCAAGAUGAGAUUUGUUUCUGUAUGCUUUAAUUUCUAAAUUGGAUAACUUAAUGAAAGGGGAAAUUAAAUGGAGCAUUUGUCAGACAGACUACAAUAAUUUUAAAAACAUUAAACCAUUUUCACAAAGCAAAUGAAAUGUAGACUUUUUUAAAAAAGAAAAACCUAAUAUUAUACCACAUACUAGUUCUCUGGCCUUUUAAAACCAGUAUUUAUCUAACAUUCUUAAAUUGUUUAAAAUGUUCUGUAUCAUUGUAAGUGAAACAGUAAAUAAAAUGAACGGGACAAAGCUGAUGUUCUUUGAUCGGUGCAACCUUUUUAUAUAGGUAAGCUCUUAUCGAUAUUUUACUAGGUUGUCAUUUUUAAUAUUUUUAUUGAAAUCUCACACUGAGUCCUCACUAUGGCUUGACAAGAUGUUGGAAGUUAGGAUGGAGAAGGAUUUAUUCUGAUGCAUUCCCAUAUUGUGAGUAGAUUAACAUUUACCUUUUAGGAGGUAGCUAGGUUUUUUUCCAAGUAAAAGCUUACCUUUAGCAGAAAGCAGCUAAACUAGUUUAAGAAAAAAGGUUUUGAAAUUGCCAAGUCUAUUUACUGGCAUCCUCUCUUAUGCAGUAUCUCUGUUAAAUCCACUGAAGUGGCCUAUAUUUUCUUGACCUUUUGAGAUACUACAAACAUGGGUGGGUUAUUCAGAGUUUCCUUGAAUGGGGGGUGGGAAGAGUGUUCUCUAGGGAGCGAUGAAAGAGGGAAACAUUUCUCAUACACCCCUAAUGAGAAUAACUGUAGCUGAUUUGUAUAAAAAGUUGCUGCACUUACAUAAGGUAAGGUAAUGGUUGUGGAGUGUAGAGAUGAAGAUGGUUAAGUAAUGCUUCUAUUGGUUUUUGGUUAUCAACUCCAACAGAUGAGAAUUGCACAUUUUGGCAGCAUAGCUGCAAGUACUGGAACUAUAAAAGAUUCUCUUCAUUUGCUAUACUUUUUAAAUUAUGUCUGAAUCUCUGAAAUACAUUGCAAGCUGGAUCACAUCAAAAGUAAAAACCAUUACUUUCAGAGAUAGAAAGCAUGGCCUGUCAGAGGCUGCACAACAUUCUGUACAGAAAGGGAGGAAACUUUGGUCCUACUAACAAGUUUCUCAUUGUUGCUGUCUUUUCCUCAGAGAGCACACUAAUCCUUUGGUCAUCAUGCCCUUCAGCUGAUCUGCUAGAAAUAGUACAAGCCAUCUCUCCUUUCUGUUCACUCACCUUUCACUAUCAAGAGUAUUUGAGGGUGCCUGUUACUGUAGCAUUUAGAUAAAUUAUGUCCUUCCUGUAUACUUCUCCUCUGGACUUGUAUAAGGAACCUAGCAGGUCCUUGCCAGUAAAGUUAUUGUUCUGCUAAUUUUACUCUUGAGGGCAUUCUGUGCCAAAAAUUUUAAAAUUCUGCAAAUUUUAUUGGUC